AUGGCAUCCAUCAUAGACACCGCACUGACAUGUCUCCAGCACACCUCGUCGUUUCUUAGCAUACCCCGCGAAGUUCGCAACGGCAUCUACCGGCGCGUGCUCGUUCUGCGCCAUCCACUCCAUUUGUUUCAAAACAACGGUUCAACGGUACCGGGGCCAUUGGAGACAUUUGCGCCGGAGAAACCUGCCCGAUGGCUUGCACUACUCUACGUCAACCGACAGGUACACGCCGAGGCUAGCGAGGUGCUGUACGGACUGCAUCAUUUCCGUUUGGUGGGCACGGCGCAGAACCAAGCGCAACUCCUGUGCACCUUUGUGAACAGUAUUGGGCCGGGCAACGCAGGCGCGGUCUCGCAUUUGAGCAUCAACUUUCCAGCAAUAGAACGCGUCGUCGGUGUUGAAGGGCAGCUGGGUAGACUUAGACUCGCGCUCACAGGUGAUGGCCAGAGCAGUCUGGCGAUUUUGCGGGAGAAAUGUCCCAAUCUCACGAUUCUGGAAACGCUUGUCUAUACCCACGGGUCCCAAAGUCUGCUGUAUGCAGGCCAUGACAGCCACGACGAUCUUGACGACCAGUCCAUUCGAGAGGCAUUGGCACACGUGGAUGUGCAGCUCAAACUUAUCUCGUCACUACGAAAAAUCAUUGUCCGAUUCUAUAGCGGACCCCUUGCGCCCUCUGUGGUUGCAGCGAUGCAAGGCUUUGGCUGGGAUGUCUACCGGGGCGACAGAGCGAAGCUGGACACGCAAGAUGCGGGGAGAACAUUAUAA